CUGGCGAGCCAAAAUCGGCCACCCAUAGCCCCUCACCCCCUGCUUCAGUCACGCAAAAACCAGCCAUAUACCAUCACGAAACGAUUCCAACCAGCCAUGUAGCAGCUGCGAUGUAAAGUCGAGUUCAACACCAACCACGCCACCUUUUCCCUAAAAAAUCAACAGUGAAACCACAUCCAGAACCAGUAGCUCAACCACUUAGUAUCAUUCGUCAAUCACUUAUUUUAGCUACAUCUCUUCAUCGUCAAAAGGGUUCGAGUUUGGUCAAAGUUCUGUUGAAAAUUCAGUCGAGGUUGCCGUCGAAAUUUUAAGUCUAAGGUUCUUGCCGCUGUCCAUUCUUGGUUCAAGUUUGAAGGUCCGGAGUUGAACUCUGUUGUAAUCAAAUGGGGCCGGUUCAGUAUUAAUCAAAUCUGAAAGAGUAUUUUUGGCUCUACUUAAGCUUGUUUUGUUGAACAGAAUCUGAAGUUGGGGUUUUAAGAAAAAACAAGAAAAUCAAUGCUUCUGGAAAAUGGGUGAAAGCUUUGACAGGAUUCAAGAAGUCUGAAAAAGAAGAUAGAGUGGAAAGAGCAAGAAAUGGAAGCUGUGAAGGAGUUCAUCAGUGGAUAUUGGAGGGUGUACGUGGAAAGGAUUUAAGCACAGAAAUGGCGGUAUUGGGUCAGAAGGGUCAGAUUCAUCAUCAAUGAAUAAUGAUGUUUACACAGCUGCUGUAGCUACUGUGAUUAGAGCUCCUCCUAAAGAUUUUAAAGCAGAGAGGGAAAAAUGGACUGCUAUCAGGAUUCAAACUGCCUUUCGUGCUUUCUUGGCAAGAAGAACAUUAAGUGCCUUGAAAGGAUUGGUAAGGCUUCAAGCACUUGUUAGGGGAAGACAAGUAAGGAAGCAAACUGCAGUGACUCUUAGGUGUAUGAUAGCUCUAGUUCGGGUACAAUCCCGUGUUAGAGCUCGUCGUGUCCGUAUGUCUGAUAACACAAUGUUGGCAUCAGAUAGGACUGAAGAUAGAAAUAGUAGCCGACCAAAUUACAUGAUCCUAACUGAGUCAACGAAGGCCAAACAGAGAAAUCAGAGAAUCCUUAGACAGUCAAUGAGUUCUUCACCAAAUUGGAUGGAGUGGAGAAGAUUAGAACUAUUUUCACCUUAAAUUU